GCAGUUAUCGCAGACAGGCUUCUUUAUCCUUCUUCAUGUCCUGGGGACUUGCCAGCUGCCAGGGCACUCUGUUUUCCGUGUUUCCAAAUAAAGUUCUGGGACUUGCAAAGGAGAUUUAUGCAAAAACAAACGAUAAUGAUUGCCCUUAGCAAGAAUGGCUUAUGUUCUCAGCUCUGCCUUGCUCUCUGUGCCUUUGGGCUGAUACUGCUGGAGGAUUUGUCCCAGGCUCUACUUAUGGAGGAUCAGGAUUAUUACCUGCAGGAGAUUAGCAACAGGGAUCAUUAUUAUUCCUUUCCGUAUCCUGGUGAAGAGUAUUUCCCUUUCACGGAGCAACCCGGAGAGGAAGGAACUAUCCGUGCUGCAGAGACAGAGGAGGAGCACCCAAGGUUCAAACCAAGCAGGAAGGAGUUAAAACCGAAGAAAACCAGCAAAAAAGGAAAAUCUAUUCUUGAAACUCCACCAGAUUGUCCUCCACUUGGUCUUGAGACAUUAAAAAUUACUGACUUCCAGCUACAUGCUUCCACAGCAAAGCGAUACGGCCUUGGGGCCCACAGAGGAAGGCUUAAUAUUCAGGCAGGUGUUAACGAAAAUGAUUUUUAUGAUGGUGCUUGGUGUGCAGGAAGAAAUGACCCGUAUCAGUGGAUUGAAGUAGAUGCUCGAAGGCUAACAAAAUUCACUGGAGUUAUCACACAAGGAAGAAACUCUCUCUGGUCGAGUAACUGGGUGACCUCUUACAGAGUAUUGGUGAGCAAUGACAGCCAUGCAUGGACUGUUGUCAAAAAUGAAUCUGGAGAUAUGAUUUUUGAAGGAAACAGUGAGAAAGAGAUCCCAGUUCUCAAUAUGUUACCGGUACCACUGGUUGCACGCUAUAUCCGUAUAAACCCUCGAUCAUGGUUUGAAGAAGGUAGCAUCUGUAUGAGAUUGGAAAUCUUAGGGUGUCCUCUGCCAGACCCAAAUAAUUAUUACCACCGAAGAAAUGAAAUGACAACCACAGAUGAUCUUGAUUUUAAACAUCACAACUACAAAGAAAUGAGGCAGUUGAUGAAAACUGUGAAUAAAAUGUGCCCGAAUAUCACAAGAAUUUACAAUAUUGGAAAAAGCAACCAAGGACUAAAGCUGUAUGCUGUUGAGAUUUCUGACAACCCGGGAGAACACGAAGUUGGUGAACCAGAAUUUCGGUACAUUGCAGGAGCCCAUGGGAAUGAAGUGCUUGGACGUGAGCUAAUCCUUUUGUUAAUGCAGUUCAUGUGUCAAGAAUAUCUGGCUGGGAACCCACGCAUUGUGCAUCUCAUUGAGGAUACUAGAAUUCACCUCCUUCCUUCACUCAACCCAGAUGGAUAUGACAAGGCAUAUCAAGCGGGUUCAGAAUUGGGGGGCUGGUCUUUAGGACGAUGGACUCAGGAUGGCAUUGAUAUCAACAAUAAUUUUCCUGAUUUAAACUCUUUACUCUGGGAGUCUGAAGAUCAGAAGAGUAAAAGAAAAGUUCCAAAUCAUCACAUUCCAAUUCCAGACUGGUACCUGUCUGAAAAUGCCACAGUAGCUGUUGAGACACGAGCAAUAAUAGCAUGGAUGGAAAAAAUUCCUUUUGUGCUAGGUGGCAAUUUACAGGGAGGAGAAUUGGUGGUCGCAUACCCCUAUGAUAUGGUGCGUUCUAUGUGGAAAACCCAGGAUUAUACACCCACCCCGGAUGACCAUGUCUUUCGCUGGCUUGCAUAUUCCUAUGCUUCCACUCACCGGCUGAUGACAGAUGCUAGAAGGAGAGCAUGUCAUACAGAGGAUUUCCAGAAGGAGGACGGCACUGUUAAUGGGGCCUCAUGGCAUACAGUGGCUGGAAGCAUAAAUGACUUCAGCUACCUGCACACAAACUGCUUUGAGCUAUCCAUCUAUGUAGGCUGUGACAAGUAUCCCCAUGAGAGUGAGUUACCUGAAGAAUGGGAAAACAACCGCGAAUCUCUGAUAGUCUUUAUGGAACAGGUCCAUCGGGGCAUCAAAGGCGUCGUAAAAGAUAUACAUGGAAAGGGAAUUCCAAAUGCCAUUAUUUCAGUAGAAGGUGUUAACCAUGACAUUCGCACAGGAAGUGAUGGGGAUUACUGGCGUCUUCUCAACCCUGGGGACUAUGUGGUUGGCGUGAAAGCAGAGGGCUAUACUGCAGCCAGUAAGACCUGUGAAGUUGGCUAUGACAUGGGAGCUACUCAAUGCGACUUUACAAUCUCCAAAACCAAUCUUGCAAGAAUCAAGGAAAUCAUGAGGAAAUUUGGGAAGCAGCCAAUUAGUCUGUCAGUGCGACGGCUCAGGCAGAGGGCUAGGCAAUGGCGCCAUCAAAGAUAGACUCCUGCCCAGUAUCACAAGGCUUUCACAAGCUCUGCUUCUAUCAGCCUGACUGUAGUAGUAGUAAGAGUUUCAUAGCCCAUCUUUUAGUACAUAUUUUUUCUGUACAAAGUCUUUCUGUUAGUAGAGCUGGAUGAAUAGUGGAUUUUUCAGUUCGGUGAAAAAUCAGAAACAAGAUUCCAUUCAAAUUGAACCAGAAUAAGCCUCAGGUUAGGGGGAGAGGCAGGAGGAAUGAAAAAAAAGAUGUUUUGAGUUAACACGAAAUGAGAUACUUUGCUUUUGGGUUAUUUGUAAAUCAGUUUUCUAAAACAAAAACAAACAAAAAAACCCUCAAAAUUAUUAGGAAGAAGUAUUUUGAAUGAGAAGCUGAAAAUUACUAUUUUAAAAGUAAGAAAUAGAUAUUUUGCAAUUCAAAAAAGUUUUGACACUCUUCACUCUUUAUUCUCAUAUAAGAGGAAAGCUGGGAAGGGAUAACUUCUUUUGAAUAUCUUUGAAAUUUUUGUUGAAUUUUCUAUCCUGCUUUCCCUGAAAAUCCAUUUUUUGACAAGCACUGUGGUCUUCAGGGAAAAAAAAAAAGCUGAAGCAAAUACUGCAUCUCAGUCUUUUGGAUUGUUUGUAUUUAAGGAUAUCUGAUGAUUCCAGAACUUAGUACCCAGAGUGUUUUCUUCUCUGGAUUUUUAAGGCUAUAUUUUUAUUCUGUGAACUAAAUAUAACCGAAACGGCAUUGGACAAGGGCUACUGUAGUACUGUGGAAUGGCAUCUCCUCUGUAACCCAGGAGAAGGACUUGAAAUGAAGCUUUUCUUGUGGAUAAAGCCAGUCAUAUAAUCUGUAUGAGAUGAGAGGCUUGGUCACUGGAGUGUGCAUAGUUCACAAAUCCACUGACAACAUCUUUUUCUUGAUUCUGGCCUACCUACCAAGUAUCUUCUGUGCUCCAGCACACCUUGUACCACUGUCUUCCCUGACAUUUAAAGGAUUUUGUGGUCCUCUCUGUGAUCUGCUCCCCUAUCUUGUCAUAUUGCCACUACAGCUGCUGCUUUUCAGGCCUCACUACUCUGAGAGCUGGAUUUGAGCUUUCUUGGCUUAUAAGUAACAAACUUGUACAGCAGGACAGGGCUGAGGUUCAGGAAAGAUGCAGAUCAACUUUAGGAGAGACUGAGCUAAGCAAACACUGGUCAAAUCAUCAGCUGGUGAAAAUCAACUUUGUUCUGUUGGUUUCAGUGUUAUGACUGUAAGUUAUACCAAAUGAAGGUCCAGCUGUACAUUUUUAUCCAAUCAAAAUUCUAUGGAUAAACAAACACCUCUAGUGUGCAUGGUAGCAUGACUGCAGUAUACAUUUCCAAAUACAGUUCUGUUUAAAACGUUUUCAUUGCUAUUACAAUUCUUGCCUAACUUGAUAUGAUUAUUGGAAAAGAUAUUCACCAAAGUAUCAUUCAAAACUGAGGAAAAAUAAAUUGCAAGUAGAAAACUUACUGUGAAAAUACAA